UUUCUUUUUUUAUAUAUGGCUGAUAAUUUGAACAACGCAUUAGUGACCACUGGGUCGGAGCACUUGCAGUUGAAAGUUUUGUGAUCAAAGACAAAAAAAAUGCACAAUGGUAGCAGUGACGAGGCUUGAACCCAUUACCUAUGGGUUACAGGCAGGCGUGCUAACUAUUUUGCCACAGCGUUAUUCAAGGUGUUACGUAUUAGGUUUAUUCGUCAAAGUUUUCCGCGUUUAAUCAACUUCAUAGUCGUAUACCUAAAUUUUCAGUAGCCUGUUUGUUGAAAUAUUUCAGUUGUGUUUUGAAUUACGAAAAAAGAACAAUUCGGACGUUUGUUUUGAAGACUGUGGAAUGGGUUAUAGCGUCCUCGUAAGAGGUGUUCCGUCCGGCAUUAGCUUGCAUAAGUUUCAAAUUUGGCUGAAAAUCGAAGUGAAGUCGUUUGAAAGUUUAUCAAGAACCGAUGAUGGCAAUUCUUUUAAAUUAUCUCUGACCGACCAGCAAGAGUCGGAUAAUAUAAUUCACAAAACUCUACAGUAUAGUUUUGGUGGAGUGAAACACAAUAUCACCUUUGAAAAUGAUCACCCCAGCGUUAAAGAAAGAGUUAAAGCACUUUCAAAACCAGUUACCAGAGACUCAUACGAAAAUGUUCGCCCUAGAACUCCAACGAUUCCACCAAAACCUAUUGUGAAUUUCCCACCCAUUUCUGCUCCAACGAUUCCACCAAAACCUGUUGUGAAUGUUGCAUCUAUUUCUGCUCAUGACUUUCCAACAAGUCCACCAAUUCCUUCUCGCGCACAUAUACCAAUCGACUUCCCUAAGCCAAGCCCUCUGCUGUCACCACGCCCUUCAAUUCCACCUAAACCUAUAAGCAAAAGCAACCCACCUGCCACGAAUGAAGGAACGAAAUCCAAGGCUGUAUCAGGUGUUCCCAAUCCUAUAAAAAAAGGGAAAGGGCCUGUACAUUUUGUGAAAAAAAAGUUAUUUUCACCGCAACCAAAGAAAACUGAUCAAGACGACCCUGUAGAUUAUACAAAUCCAGAAUCACAAUCAAUGGAUGCAAUCCAAAGCACCUCUAAUGCUGGGAUGUAUGGAAAUGCUGAACAGGGAGAUGUUGGGACUUUAAAUAUCCGCCCAGGUCAAAUUUAUAUGGAACCGGUUGAAGGACCAACACCUGUCUCUACCAAGUUUUUUGAAAUUGGAUGCCAACUUCAUCCAGAUGUAAUUGAAUACAUCAAAAAAAGUGAUUCCAUAAAACUGUCUGGGGCACAGGUCAAUUUUAUCAAAACAGGGAACCAAUACAAACUAAGAAUCACAACAAAAUUGGCAACUGAUCAAACAUAUUUUGAAAAUUCGUGUAAUGAAAUUGCAAGUUCACUUGUAUCAAAAUAUACCCAUAAGGAAGUGGAAAUGGACCGAAACUUGUUAGAACAAAAGAAAAAACAGAUGAAAUGGGUGAACAGUGAUCUGAACACUUUUAAGCUCGGUUCUGGAAGCGUGAGGGUCUUUUUAAGGUUUACCCAGAUUUCACCUUCACAACUCCGAGUUGAAAUAUCUGGUGAAGUAAACGUUGUAAAAAUGGUUGUUCAAGAGCUAAACUUUGAAUUAAAACAACUGGUCUGUACGCUUAGCUUAACAGAUUAUAGGAAGUGGGAAGAAUGUGGAUGCAUGCAGAAGGUUACAGAGAAAUUUCAAAGUUUGGUUUCCAUAUUUUGUGAUAAAGCAACAUUGACAGUUCAUCUGCAUGGACAUAUGGAUGAUGUUAAAAGAGCUGAAAAUUACAUUCAUCAAUCAAUUAAGGAGUUGCAAGAAUGUAACGUUAUUCUUGGGACAUUUGAGCAGCAAUUUCUGUUAGGUUGCCUUAAAAGUGAAGAUUAUGGUUUGGUACAGCAAACCAUUCAAGAUUAUUUUAAAAAACGUGGAAUAUUAGCUUCCCUUCAAGCUGUUGGUACUACCUGCUACCUGUAUUAUCCUCCGGGGUGUGAGUCAGGCAGUGAUGUGUUGAAAGAGCUUUUAUCAAGCAAGCAAGAACCUCUACCACAGCAGUUUUAUGAUGUAGUGAUUACACCCCUGUGGAAAGGUUUCACAGUUUCAUUAACUCAGAAGCAAUAUCGCUACUAUGUAAAACCUGGUACUUCUAACUUUCUUAUUAUUGCUGGAUUGAAAGAAAAAAUUGAAGAAGGGAGAACAUGUGCUCUAAGUUUCUUAGAAAAGAAUAUCAAAGUGUGCAAUACAGUUCCCUGCUCAUACCGAGCGGCAUCUUUUCUGAAAAUAUUAGACAAAGAAGCUGCUAAAGAACUUUCUAUGGUAAACUGGGAUAUAACCAACAGCAAUGGAGGGGGUAUUACAGUUGCUGGUACAAAGUAUGAUGUUACAAAAGCUGAAGCCUGGAUUCAUAACAGAGUGUCGACCUACGUUCAACCACACGGGUGGCAAGUCCGUAAUCGUGGAUUUCCAGACUUCUUUCGAGCACCAGAAAACGCACAUUUAAUUAAACAAGUUCAAGCUCAAACAAAUUGCCUUGUGUUAAUGGACCAUGAUGAUAUUGCAAUACAAGCUCAAUGUGCAAUGGCAGGUGCACAAGGCACAAAUUCUUCAACAAAAAUGGUUAUUUCUGGCACCAAUGUUACAAUCAGUUCAAUUAAAGCUGAUCUGACACAACAUCAGUGUGACGUCAUAGUGGUUCCCAUCAGCAGUAGCUUGUCCCUGAGUACACAAGGUGUUGCAGGUGCUAUAGCAAAAAAAGGUGGAAAAGGAAUUGUUAAAACUAUGCAAGUUGGCAAAAACUUUCUAGGCACAGGUGGAGAAGUGGUGAUCUCUGGACCUGGCAGUAUUACAAACUGCAAGAGUAUUAUUCAUGCCGUUGUUCCUGUCAGUUGGGCACUUCAAGGGUCACAAGACGUACUAAAGUGCUGUGUGCGUAAAGCAAUGCAAAUGGCAAAUCAGCAACAAGCAAAAUCUAUUGCAUUCCCUGCACUAUGCUGUGGUCAAGGUGGGGGCAAACCUGAAGAUUGUAUCUCAAUAAUGGUUCACGAAAUAACUUCAUACCUGAGACUUAACAAUUCAUCCAUUGAAGAGGUGCACUUGGUGGAACUUAACAGGGACAAUGUUUUAAAAUGUUUCCACAACGAGGUACUUAGAGUCUGUGUGUCUUCAAUUACACAACCCACAAACCAAGCAUCGAACCAAUGUACCAUACAACAAAUCACCGUAAUAGUGAAAGACAUCACUCAGCAAAAAGCCGAUGUAAUAGUGAACAGUACAACAUCUUUUGCAGUAAACAGUGUUGAUGGUUCCGCUCUUUCCAGAGCCAUUCGUGAUGCUGCUGGCAAGAAACUUCAGGUUGAGUGCAAUGCCAUUCCACCAGCAUCGAAAUGCACUUGGGGAGUGGUGGCAACAAAGGGUUAUGAUUUGCCUUGCAAGAACAUAUAUCAUGCAAUGAUUGCUGGUUGGGACUUCAGUGAUGAAAACACAAGCAGAUCCCAUCUGAAACGAGUUGUGGCCAAGAGCUUAGAAAUGGCAACAAAAGAUGGACAUACAAGCAUUGCAUUUCCCCCUAUUGGUUGUGGAGGUUUCAACAUUCCACCAUAUGUACUGGCAGAGGUUAUUCAAGAAGAAGUUUAUGCAAUAGGCAGCAGUUCAUCUCUGCAGAACAUAUACAUUGUUGUGCACCCUUCACAACCUGAGCUUACAAAGGUAUUUGAACAGAAGUUGAACAAAAGUUCCGGCAAUGUUUCUCAAAUUUAUGGAAAUCUUAAUGUUGAAGUUUGUUGUGGCAGUAUUGAAGAACAACAUGAUGAUGUGAUCAUAAACAGUGUUACCACAUCUAUGGAUCUAAUGAAAUCAGGUAAACUUUCCCAGUCGAUGGCUAUAAAAGGUGGUUUUGUGAUAAAGCGUCAGUUCCAUGACAUGAAGCGAAAGUAUGCAAGUCCAACCAUCAGAGUAACAGAUGGUGGCAACCUUCCUUGUGAUGUUAUUAUCCAUGGUGCAACCAGUAAACUUGGUAUCCAACAGUUGGUGAUAGAGUCUCUAAAAAUUGCUGAGGAAAUGAGAAAAUCUACUGUUGCUAUUCCAGCACUAGGCACUGGUGCAAUGGGAAAACCACCACUGGAGUGUGCAAAAUUAAUUAAACAGGGCAUUAUUAAAUUUGCUCGGAAAAACCCAGUUCAUGUUAAAAAUGUAAAAGUGGUGGUGUUUCAAAACAAUAUGGUAGCAGAGUUCAGAAGUAACUUACUUUUAAAUUCAAGUGUAGCUCCUUCAACAACUAGCAGUGAGGUUGUUACUUUCUACUUUUGUGGUUUAUCCCAAGCUGAUGUAGAUCAUGCUAAAGGGAAGUUAGAAGACGUGAUAAGAAAAGAGGAAGAAGUAAAUAACAUUGCCAAUCCCUGUAUUUUAAAACUAGAUGCUGAGUUUGAAAAAGAUAUUAUUUUGUUGAAUCAGAAAAAUGUGGAAGUUAAUAUUAACAAGAGCAAAGGCAUAGUUGAAGUACGUGGGGUUGCCAAGUUUUCAAGAAAAGCUUCCAUUGAUGUCCAGAAUAUUCUGGGAGAAUCUACACAAGCUGAAACUCUAAGAGAGCAAGUUCAGUGGCUGUAUUGUUUGCAGGGAAGCAAUUCAUUUGAAAAAUUUGGAUUAAGACAUAACAUGCAGCUGGAAAAAUCUUUCAAAAAUGACAAUAAUGGGAAACUAACUGUUUCUGGCUUAUCCAUUGACUUCAGUUCAGAGACGGGUCAGUUAAACAACUCUGCGAUUCAGAUUUUUAGAAAGGAUCUUCAAAAAAAUUUUCCAAACACUUGGGCACCAAUGAAAAGAGGUAAAAACUAUGCAACUCCAAAAGUUUCCGAAAGCAGUCAAGAAUAUAAGGAUGUCAAGCAAAAGUUUAUAACCACUGGGACUCCAAUAAAGGCAGUGCAGCAAUUGCUAAGAAUACAGAACUGUUCACAGUAUGGGCAGUUUCAAUCAAAGAGAGAUGAAGUUAUGAGUGAACUGAAGGCAAACGGACUUCCUUACCCGCCAACCAGGGAAUUGUUUCAUGGAACUACUAGUGAUAUUACUGAAAAAAUUUGCAGAGAGGGAUUUAACAGGAGUUAUGCUGGAGAAAACGGGAUAAGGUUUGGGAAAGGAAUGUAUUUUGCCGUAAAGUCAUCAUAUUGCCACGAAAGAAACUUUGCAAUGCCUGAUAAUAACAAUGUACGAAGAAUGUUUCUUGUUGAAGUAGCAACAGGUGAAUAUGCACCAAAACCUGGAAAUGAAAGCAUGAUCACACCCCCAGUCAGAAACCCCUCAAGCAAAACUGAUUCAUACCACAGCGUUGUUGAUAACCCACAGUCACCAGAGAUCUUUGUAGUGUUUAAGGAUGCUUGUGCAUAUCCACACUAUCUAUUGACCUACACCUAAUGUGUGUAUGUGUUUCCACUUGUUAUGCAAUUAUACUAGGUACUUUUAUGUUAUUGCCAAAUGAUACGAAUUAGGACAAAAUAUGACAAAACUUACUUUAAUUGUUUAUAUAAUCGAUUUGAUAAUGCGUGCGCUACCAUAUAUUUAGACAUGUAAAUUCCUAUUCUGAUCUGUGUUCAUAAAAAUAUAUAUUUGCUUUAAGUAAGAUACAUUUGUUCAUUAAAAACUUGUUUUCACCUUUACUUUUAUCAUUAGGUUUACAUUCAAAUAUUAGCAAUUCAUUUAAAUUUCUUAUAGUAGGUUUAAAUGUUACACAACAUAAAAUAGCCUACCUUAAGCGACAAAACAUUUUUAAUUUCAAAGAAACUGUUUGCUUAUUCUCCAAUUUUUUAAUAGUUUAGAAAACCUUCCAAUAAAGAAUCCCCGAGAUAAA